CCGAUCGCCGGAUCAUCAGUACGCGUCGAGACUUUUGACGGAGCACUUGUUCCCUCGCCACGAGUGAAACGCAGCUAGUGCACCUCUUUCCAUUUUUCCUGUUCGUUAAGCGAGUUUUUAACGACGAUGAGGAGUGUUUGCGGUGCCGUCCUUAUGCUCGGAUUGAUAGCGCUUGCGCGCGGUUUUCCAGGUGCAGGUCGUGAUGCGUCAUCGUCGGAGGUCGACGACAGCAAGAACGACGGCGUUGUAUUGUUGAUGCCGCACAGAGGUAUCUUCGACGCCUUCGACGACGACGACGACAGUGAUGCCGAUGACGAUACGAUGGGUACUAGCAUGUGGCCUCCGUUCCACUUCAACAGCAAUCCAUUCAAUGACCUGUUCGUCAGGAUGCAAGACGCGAUGAAUAAAAUCCGAGCGCAGAUGGCCGCCGCCUUGCACGGACAAUUCGGACAGGCUGGACUAACGCCAUGGGGCAAGAUCCCCGAGGGCGCUAACACCACCUCUACCACUAAGGUAAUCGAUGGGCACGCAGUGACCAUCAACGAGACAACCUACAGCGACGGCGACGACAACAGCGGCACCAUAAUCCGCGUUCGCGUUGUGGACAUCAAGCCACUGAAUGAGACGACCGACGCGAUUGCUGACGGCGAUACUACGACGACGACCAAGCCAAAGGAUGACGAAAACGUCGGCAGCGAGCAGGUCGACAAGGAACGCGAGGAAUUGACGACGCCCAAGGCUCGCGAAACCGAGACUCUUGAGGAUUUCAACAACGAGAUUCCCAAGAAUCAAUUCGAGACCCUCGACGCUUAAACGUUUGCGUCUUUACGUUUUUAUUAUUUAUUUGAAGUCUCUUUUUCUCUCUGUCCGUUGUUAUGCAUUCCGUGAACUAUUAGUAAUACAUGAAAAACGCACAUGAUACUUUGCCGAUAAUCAUGGUAUUUAUAAUGUUUAAUCGUAUUUUUUAUUCGAGAUCGGAAGCACGAAGGAGGUCGAGACUAUACUAGCGAGUUUACUUAGAAUUCGCGCUAUAGUGCGAUUUUUAUUGACUGGCGACGAGUGUUUUAUUUUUUUUUUCUUUUUUAUGUUUGAGCGUUGAUUGAGCUUUCAUUUUCCUAUGAUGAUGACGAUGUAUGUUCUGUGACAAUACUUUUUAUUCCAAUAAAGUACGUAUGUUAUCAUGA